CUCAUCAUAUUAGAGAUAUAUACGUACGUAGGAACCUAUAAUUAUCAUCAGGAAAAUGAGUUAGUUCAUCAUCAGGGAACAGAUAUAAUCAUCAUCAUCAGGUGAUGAUAAUGAUGGUCGUGACGGUGGUGGCCCAUUUUUCUCAUCGGACCAGGGUCAAAGUGAAUAAACCCGCGGGUUGAAAACGUUGCUCUUAACCAAAAUCGACUUCUAAAUCUAACUCCAUUGCCUUUCCGGAUUAACAUUUAAGUCAUUAAGCACUUAGCUGCCUCUUAUUUUAAACAAUAAAAUAAGUGAAAUGGAAAGGCCAAAUGGAAAGGCCAACUUAGUCAGCCGCCAAUCGAGAAUCCAAGGGAAAAGACGGGGGAAACAGUGAGCGGGAGACUUAGGGUAAUACCAGCUGGCACAUUAAACGUAUCGCCAUUAAUGAUGGGCUUCUAUUUCUGUAGUGUAGAAUCUUCUUUACCAAAGCACAAACAUAGUAGGGCUGAUCAUAGGCGAACCCGCCGUAGGUGGGGAGCGAUUAUAUGUUUGGGAUUGGAAUAUUUGGCCGAUCGAAUUCGUCAACUAUAUAUAUAUAUAUAUAAAAGCUUAGCUUGGAAUUAAGCAUUCAUAUAUGUAUGGAGCUACGUACCUAGCUAGCAACCAAAAAAAUUACUAUCAUCAGAAAGAUGAGUUCAUCAUCAUCAUCAUGGAAUAGAUAUAGUCACCAGCAGGUGAUGGUGGUGGUGGCGGCGGUCUUGUCAGUGAUGUCGCCCGGAGUUCCGACCACGUCGGCUGCCGCAACUGGGAUUUGCAACGGCGAGUCGUUCCCCGACGGCGAUGCGCGGAUCUACUGUAGUUUCGCUCUGCUGGAUUUGUUGAUUGGGGAGACCCCCGUGAAGAAGGGUGGGUGGUACAAUAGCCAGGACUGCUCCGAUGGCAGCAUUCUCUACGGUUUCAGGUUUGCAGAUGAAGGGGAUGGGUCGGGCGGGUGCCUUCACGAGGCCAAGAAUUACAUCGCCUACCGGGAUAGCUACCACCGCAUGGGAGGUCAGGCAUGGUCCGCGGGAUGUUACUUGAGGUUUGAGAUUUACGGAUUUAGAGUUGGAGAAUUGGUGGGAUUGUCUAAUUAAUUAACCCAUGCAUGAAUUAACCGCCAUCAACUUGUGGUACGUACGGUAUUAUAAUUAAUUCUCAAAAUUUCUUAUGCUUUGAUUUCAUCCUCUUGGUAUGUUAUGUUGGCUAGCAGCUGUACAAGUACGACCUAUGAUUUAGCUAGCCAUUAUUAGAAUUUAAAAUGUAAUACCAUGAGGGUGCAUAAAAAUUACCAUGUAUACUUUUUAAUUUAUACCUUUAUUUUCUUCCUUUCAGUCCAUAAUAAGCAUGGUCAUGUGAUGCCAUUGUAAAGGGCUUUUUUUUUUUUUUUACAUAUUAGCUAGUCUGGUUUACUAUCUUCCUAAGAUAAUAAAACUCAUGUAAUGGUUAGCACCCUUAUGAAUAAGAAAAUGAAGAGGAAUAAUUGAUUUUGAAGUUUAUCAAAAUAAGUUACCCACACUGAUUAAUUGUAUCAAUAUUGAUUUACUAAAAUAACCUUUGUUUUCAGAACUAAACCAGAGGUUGUAACGAAAAUUGUAGUGAUUUAGGGUUCACUGGUUAACUGUAACAAAACCGUUGGUAAAUCGUUGAUAGACCCGUUCAUGAUAUAUAACAUACAAGCUUGCAUAUUACAUUAAUUUAAGAAUAAAAAUAUCAUUAACCAUAAAAAAUUUCAAAUUCAUAUCAUGACAAGAAGUUCUAAUAAAUCACUAAACCGUCUCACAAAAAAAAAUCAGAAUUUUUUAAAUCCAAGUUAAAAAUUAUGGUGGCAAUUGAUAAUGGACCACGUAAAAAUAAAAAUAAUGUUGGAAAAUGAGAAGAGGAAGCAUAUAUUAAAUUGAUAAUCACGGCUUGAUGGACUUAGAUUAUGUUAAAGUAUUUUUUAAAAAAAGUUGUGGUUAAAAUAGUGGACCAAUUAAAUUGUGGUGGUUCAUUUGGUUUUAUGUUGAACCGUGAAAAACCGUUUGGUCCAUCAAUAACCGUCCAAACAAUUAACCGUAAAGAUAUCGUACGUGAUUUGGCGGUUCUACUAGUCCAACCGUUGAUUCGCUUCGGUUCUUAUAACAAUGGAAAUAACUAAUACUAUAUUCAAACUGUCAGUAAAUGGGGUAAAUUUGAAUUCAACCAAAAUGCGAAAUAAAUAGGGACGGAUCCUAUUCUUAAACCUCAUGGUUUAAUGAGUUUCUUAAACAUGUGUGGGCCAAUAAGAGGAGGAGAGAGAAGAUUAUGAGUUAUGUAAAUAAGAUAUUAAAUUAAAUUAAAUAUUUAAUCUGAUUAUUUAUUAAUAUUGUCAUUUAAUCUAACGGAAACUGAAUGGCUAAACGUCGCCCUUAUUUUACUAUUAUCGGCCUAACUUAAAACGUAAAACUACUAAAUUAUCCUUUAUCAAAUAAACUAAAUUUAAAAAAACACUCCUAAAAUCCCUAAUCCGUUCAUUCUCCCCGCCGUCGCAUGCAUCCUUCUCCCGAAUUCACCAUCGGCACCGUCCACCCAGCCGCCGUAACUUCUCCCAAGCACUCCGAUGCAAUUACUUCUCCUAGCUGUGUCUCAUUUCUAUCCCCCUUGCUCAGACAACUCGAUCUUCUAACUUCUAUUUGCAAUAGAUGAUAAAGUUACCAGUUGGGUGAAUAUGUUAAUCAAAUAAGGUGAAGGUGAUCGUGAAGAGGGGAGAAGAAAUUGGUUGUAUACUUGUACCAUGGUCCAUGGCAACUGAUGCGAAACUGAUGGACGUUUUGUUUGUCUAUCUCACGCUGCCCGUGGCCACCAUCAUCAACCUCUUCCGGAAAGCAAGCGCGAUGGUAACGUUAGGCUGCGUCGACAACGUUUACUCAAACAUGGAAAAUAUAACUCUCGGCUUUCUUUCCUCUGACGGAAAGUGGUAGAUGGUGGCCGGCAGGUUCAGGUCGGCGGUGGUGGAAUAAAUGGCUAACGAGAGUUUUUUUAUUUACUAGUUAGAAUAUAAUAUUUUUUAAUUG